GAUUUGUUAGAUAUAAAUAGGCGGAUGUUGCUAUAAAUCAUCACAGUUACCAGAGAAUUAAAGCGACGAGCAGUGUUUUGUCUAGUGAAAGAUUUAUACGUAAAAAAUUUAAAAAAAUCGAAAUUUAAGAAACGAAAAUGUUCGGAAAAUUAAUAGCAUUAUGCAUUAUUUCUAUCUUGACGUCACCAUUAGUCUCGGCUCAGUCGCAAUGUCGAGUUUGUAUGCCGAAUUAUGCGAAAUGCAUGAACGAGACCAGCUACCAGCUAUGCUAUGAAAUGACGACUUUGGCACCGAUCGAUGAGGAAGUCUACACUUGUCGCAACAAUGAAUAUUGUACGGAUUCGGAAAAUAUAUGUGAACCCUAUCCGGAUGGUGUGAAUAUUAAAGCGGUUUGUGCAGGUCAAGGUGAAGGUCAAGACCCUUCUUCAGCAUGUAGCUCAUGUACUGGCAAAGCGAACGGACAAUUUAUAUGUGUAAGCGCAACACAAUUCGCUGUAUGCCGAGGUGAAGUAGCUACCAGUCCCCUCUCAUGUCCGUCGGAUCAAUUGUGUAGUGAACAAUUGGUUACUGAAAACAAUUUGAAGAAAGUAUGUGCACCGCAAGCUGUGCUUGAUUACUUUGAUGCCAAAGUAACAUGUGACAGUGAAGAUUUGGUAACCAAAAGCACGACUAAAGCACCACCAGCGGCAUCAACAACACCAAUGGACACAGCAUCGGCUUGCCAAGCAUCGGGAAACAAUAGACCGUAUUACCAAAUAAAACAUCCAUCCGAUUGUCAAGCCUAUAUUUAUUGUGAACGCAACGGCAAUUCCUAUAUAUCAAUGGUUAUGCGUUGUAAGACCGGAAUGUUUUACAGCGUAGAUAAUAAUAAGUGCAUUAGAGCUCCACAGUGCCCACAAAAGCAACCUGCAAGCAAUUAACUAGAAUAAGAAAGCUUAAAGAAUUCCAAUUUAAUAUUGAACCCAAGGGAUCAAACUUCAAGGAUACUUGUACACAUACCAAUUUUUAAGAUUUUGUUAAAAUAAUAAAUUUAAUAAAUAUACAGAACGAAGCUGAAAAGAAAA